AUGGCCUUCUCUGAAAGUCAGAAAUCCCAGAGCACUGAGGCCCGAGUCCAGAGAAGUCAGAAAAGUCACAAAAUGAAGAAGCCCCAUGUAUGUGGGGUCUGUGGGAAAGGCUUCACCCAGAAGUCCUCUCUCACUAUCCAUCAGCGAAUCCACACUGGAGAGAGACCCUACGUGUGCAGGGAGUGUGGGAAAGGCUUCAUCACCAAGAACGACCUCACCCUCACUGCCCACCAGCGAACCCACACUGGAGAGAAGCCCUGUGUGUGUGCUGAGUGUGGGAAGUGCUUCAGCCACAAAGGAAACCUCAUCACCCACCAGCGAACACACACUGGAGAGAAACCCUUUGUCUGCAGUGAGUGUGGGAAAGACUUCAUCAGUAAGGUAAAUCUCAUCAUUCACCAGCGAACUCACACUGGGGAGAAACCCUACGUGUGCACGGAGUGUGGGAAAGGAUUCAUCGCCAAGAAUCACCUCACUACCCAUCAGCGAAUCCACGCGGCGGAGAAGCCUCAUAAAUGCGGCCAAUGCGGUAAAGGCUUCAUCCAGAAGACAGACCUCACUGUCCAUCAGCGUAUUCACAGUGGGGAGAAACCCUACAAAUGUGAGGAAUGUGGGAAAGGCUUCAUCAGGAAUUGUCACCUCACUCUCCAUCAGCGAAUCCACACCGGGGAGAAGCCAUAUAAAUGCGAUGAGUGCGGUAAAGGCUUCAUCCUCAAGACAGAGCUCAUUUUUCAUCACCGAACUCAUACUGGCGAGAAGCCCUAUAAGUGUGGUGAGUGUGGGAAAGCCUUCAUCAGGAAGCGAGACCUCACAGUCCAUCAGCGAACUCACACUGGGGAGAAACCCUACGUGUGCACCGAGUGUGGAAAGGGCUUCAACCAAAAGGGCAAUCUCAGUAUCCACAAGCGAAUCCACACUGGAGAGAAACCCUUUGUAUGCGGUGAGUGUGGUAAAGGCUUCGUCACGAAGGGAAAUCUGAUCUGUCACGAGCGAACGCAUACUGGAGAGAAGGUGAGGAUAUGCGGUGAGUGUGGUAAAGGCUUCAUGCAUAAGGGAAAUUUCGUCAUUCAUCAGCGGACCCACAUAGGAGAGAAACCCUGUGUAUGUGGCGAGUGUGGCAAAAGCUUCCUCUAUAAGGGGUAUCUCGUCAUUCACCAGCGAAUUCAUACUGGAGAGAAACCCUUUGUGUGCGGUGAGUGUGGAAGAGGCUUCAUCAACGAGGGGCAUCUGACUCGUCAUCAGAGAUCUCAUCCUAGGACGCAGCACUAUACUGGCAGUCAGUUUGGGCCAGACUUCAACCACAGUCACGCCUCCUACCACAUCCAAGAUUUCCCACAGGAAAGACUUCCUUUCCGCGUCGUUAUUGUGGAUGAUCGUAUGCCCGGCAGUCAGGUCUCAACAGACAGUGGAAACUUCACAGAGGAGAAACCCUUUCAGAGCGUGAAAUGUCAGAAAGACUUCCAGAUGAAGCAAGAGCCCAUUGUCCGUGAAAGAUCUCAGGAAAACGAGGUGGCGGAUGGCCGUCAGGAAAGUGGACAGACUUUUGCCUCUGCUUCUAAGUUUAAUUCACAUUAA